CCCAGCAUGUACAUUCCCCUAGAUGAAAGCUGCCCUUGUGUGUCACAAUUACCGGUCAACAUUUGCUGCAUGAUAGCCUGUCUUAGGUAGCGUUCUUAUGUUGUUGAUAAUUUGGUGCUAGCUGCUGAUGCUAACAGCUGAUCCGGGUACCCGCCCGCGCUUAUUUAGGCAAUGAGUUACGAGGUAGCAUUGCUAACUUCGACUUAUAAUCACUUCCAUUAACAUCUCAUUUGACUACUUUUCAACCAAGCAUGAUGGUCCAGGAGGGGCCCAUACAGCUUGUGUGCCUCACAGCCAGCAGUGGGGUUCCCCUUUUUACAAGAGGGGCCUCCAGGCAGCUCCCCUUCUCCAUCAUUGGCUCCCUGAAUGGUGUCCACAUGUUUGGAAGUGGACAGGGCGUGGUGUUGUCCAGCUGUGAGACUGAAGAAGGUGGCAAAGUGGUGUGGCGAAUCUUCCAGGACAGUGUGAUGCUCAUUGCUGUGAGCGGGGGUCAUCAAGCGGGCAGCAGUAAAGGGGAGCGUGUGCAUCUCCAGCGCCUCCUGGAGAACGUGUGGAGCUCCAUGGUGAUGGUGCUCGGGCAGGAUGAGUUGGCCAACGUGAGGAAUGUUGAGCGGCUCAAGAAGGACCUGCGUUCCUGUUUUGGCCUCAUCGAUUUGCUGCUGGAGGACCAGCAAGAGGGCAUCCUGGGCCAGCUGACGCACUGCGCCGACUGCCUGCUGCCUCCGCAGCCGGCUGUCCUCCAGGAGGCCGUGCAGGGCUUUGCCAAAGCUGCAGACAGCGAGUUCGGCUGCCUCCUCGUCCAUGGCCGGAUCGUGGCCGCCACAGAGAUGUGGUGGCGCCUAGCCCCGCAGGAAAUAGUGCUCCUCUCAGCGUUGAUGCUAUCACUCUCUGACUCCGCUUCGGCCUCCUGUGACUACCCCGUGUUUCUUCCUCAAGGCAGCCCCACUGUGGCUCACCGCCUGCUCUGUUUCCGGCUCCUGCCUGGGGCUGAUGUGUGUGUGCUGUGCGGGCCUACGCCCUCCCUACACGGAGCUGAGAGUGGCCUGGUGGGUCGCUUCUGGUCACCACUAGUGGACAUCGUGAGAGACUGCCUUGCCAUCCGGGAGCGCUCACUCCCAGCAUCCGUAUCCUUACGCCCUGAUGUCCUCGCCUUUCUCCUCAUCAACCGGGAGAACCACCGCUCCAUCUGCAGCGUGCUGCCCCCCCUGUGUGCUCACCCGCAAGGUGACCCCGCUUUACCCUCCAAGGCUCGCUGCUGGGAACUCCUGAAGCUCUUCUACAUUUUUUGCAUGACGCGCUACUUCAAGCAAGAGGAGGUAAGUCCCCCCACAGAGGAGAAGGAGGAGGGAUCCCACCAGGGGAACACAGAGGACUUUGUACAUGGACUGUCCCACCAGCCACUGCAGUGCUAUUUGGUCACAGAUGAGUGUAAAAGCUUUGGACUUCAGACGUCACAACAUCAGCUUUUUCUGCUCCUUCCCCCGGUGGUGCCGACUUUUGCUCUGCACACCGUCGCCACACAGACUCUCUCCACCAUAACAACAGCUACUGCAUUCUAA